UGCCUAUGACGUCACUGCCAAGCGUCGGAAGUAGCGCGUUGGCGGGGCGUCGAGCUUCCGGUCGGUGUCUCUCCGGCGCGUAGAGGGGGUGGAAGCGACGGUGGCGAGAAGCGGGAAGUGCCUUUUUAAACGCAAAUGGGUGAUGAAAAGGAAUCUUGGAAGGUGAAAACGUUAGAUGAAAUUCUUCAGGAGAAGAAGCGACGCAAGGAGCAAGAAGAGAAGGCAGACAACAAGCGACUCAAAAAUUCUGAUGAUCGGGAUUCCAAGCGAGAUUCCCUUGAAGAGGGGGAGUUGAGAGAUCACCGCAUGGAGAUCACAAUCAGGAAUUCCCCUUACCGGAGGGAAGAUUCCAUGGAAGAUCGGGGAGAAGAAGACGACUCCUUGGCCAUCAAACCACCCCAGCAGAUGUCCCGAAAGGAGAAGGCCCACCACAGAAAGGAUGAGAAGAGGAAAGAGAAGAGGCGACACCGCAGCCACUCGGCCGAAGGGAAACACGCUCGGGUAAAAGAGAAGGAGCGUGAGCAUGAACGCAGGAAAAGGCACAGAGAAGAGCAGGAUAAGGCCCGCCGUGAAUGGGAGAGGCAGAAACGGAGGGAGAUGGCCCGGGAGCAUUCCCGGAGAGAGAGGGACCGGCUAGAGCAACUUGAACGGAAGCGGGAGAGAGAGCGGAAAAUGAGAGAGCAGCAGAAGGAGCAACGGGAGAUCAAGGAAAGGGAGAGGCGAGCGGAGGAGAGGCGGAAAGAACGGGAAGCCAGACGAGAGAUUUCUGCCCAUCACCGAACGGUGAGAGAGGAGUACAGUGAGAAAGUCCGCAUUUGGAGCCGAAGCCCCAUCCGGCAACAGAGAGAAAAGCUGGAACAAGGAGAAAUCCGAAAGACAGUGAAAGACGAAAAGCCGGAGGAGAAAGACCCACUUUCCGACCUCCAGGACAUCAGCGACAGUGAGAAAAAAACCAGCUCAGCAGAAACAUCAUCAGGGGAAUCGGCUUCUGGUUCAGAAGAGGAGGAGGAGGAAGAAGAGGAAGAAGAAGAGGAGGAAUCUAGCAGUGAAGAGUCAGAAGAGGAGGAGGAGGAGGAAGAGGAAGAGGAGGAGGAAGAGACAGGAAGCAACUCCGAAGAAGUGUCCGAACAGUCAGCGGAGGAGGUGAGCGAGGAUGAAAUGAGUGAAGAGGAGGAACGGGAGAAUGGAGACCACAUUCCAGUUGUUACAGAGUCAAGGUUUGAUCGGGAUUCUGCAGGCAGCGAAGGAGAGGAGGAAGAAGCCGGAGAGGGGACGCCACAGUCUAACGCCAUGACGGAAGGCGAUUACCUUCCCGACUCUCCUGUGUCGUCACCGGUGGAGCUGAAGCAAGAACUACCCAAGUAUCUGCCAGCCCUUCAGGGUUGUCGUAGCGUGGAGGAAUUUCAGUGCCUGAACCGGAUCGAGGAGGGAACAUACGGGGUCGUCUACAGAGCCAAAGACAAAAAGACAGACGAGAUUGUGGCGCUGAAGCGGCUGAAGAUGGAGAAGGAGAAAGAAGGGUUCCCCAUUACGUCGUUAAGGGAGAUCAACACCAUCUUGAAAGCUCAGCAUCCGAACAUCGUCACGGUCAGGGAGAUCGUCGUUGGCAGCAACAUGGACAAGAUCUACAUUGUAAUGAAUUAUGUAGAGCAUGACCUCAAGAGCCUGAUGGAGACCAUGAAGCAGCCCUUCCUACCAGGUGAAGUGAAAACCUUGAUGAUUCAGCUCUUGCGGGGGGUCAAGCACCUUCACGACAACUGGAUCCUUCACCGAGAUUUGAAAACGUCCAAUCUGUUGUUGAGUCACGCUGGCAUUUUAAAAGUUGGAGACUUUGGCCUGGCUCGGGAAUACGGCUCGCCUCUGAAGCCCUACACUCCUGUGGUCGUGACGUUGUGGUACAGAGCCCCCGAACUGUUGCUCGGAGCUAAGGAAUAUUCAACAGCCAUUGAUAUGUGGUCGGUGGGUUGCAUAUUCGGCGAGCUGCUAACCCAGAAGCCUCUUUUUCCAGGGAAAUCAGAAAUAGACCAAAUUAACAAAGUAUUCAAGGACUUGGGAACCCCUAGUGAGAAAAUCUGGCCAGGGUACAAUGAGCUGCCGGCCGUGAAGAAGAUGACUUUCACAGAGUAUCCGUACAACAACCUUCGUAAGCGGUUUGGGGCCCUCCUCUCAGACCAAGGAUUUGAUCUCAUGAACAAAUUCCUGACCUAUUACCCAGUCAGAAGGAUCACAGCUGAGGAUGGCUUGAAACACGAGUAUUUCAGAGAGACGCCCCUUCCCAUCGACCCAUCCAUGUUUCCCACGUGGCCGGCCAAAAGCGAACAGCAAAGAGUGAAACGGGGGACGAGCCCACGGCCGCCAGAAGGGGGACUCGGAUACAGCCAGCUGGGCGACGACGAUUUGAAAGACACGGGUUUCCACCUCACCACCACCAACCAAGGAGCGUCGGCUGCAGGGCCCGGAUUCAGCCUCAAAUUUUGACAGCUGCAUCGGGGGGAAAAAAGACAGGGAAGAGGCAAGACAGCAAAGCGGGGAGGAAGGCUUGCUUUCUCGGUGGGCACCUGCAUUGUUUUGCCCAAGGAACACUUUGCUCCUUCUUCCACCACCCCCCGAAGGACAUUGCCUGGAAGUGGAGGGAUAUGCUCUUGGGCGGAGCUGGUGCGUUUUCCAUUUCAAAGACUAGAAAUGAUCUCAAAAACACCACGAACCCCUUCUGCCCAAAGCAAAACCCCAGCACACUUGAAGGACUCUUUUGGAACUGGUUUCAUUUUUCUUCCUCCUGUUCCUACAUCCCCCCCACCCGCCUGUUUUUGUAUUUAAACGUUCUUCUGAUCAAGGGGUGGGGGCGAGGAUGUCUUUGUACAUUUGUAGAAUAAAACACAAAUCCUUUUCUAAUUGUUCGUCCGGUGUUCAAAGCGACUGUCUCCUCUCCGUUAACUUUGAUACAGAAAGCAACGGGUGCAUCUAGAAAAGAGGUGGUUUUCAGCUUCCCUUUUCUCCGUUUCCAUCGUUAACCUUUUUAAACAACACCCCCCACACACACACACCUGUGAUUGUUUCCCCGGAGUCUCAGUUUUUGAAGCUGAAAGGUUUCGCCGUCGUAGAAAUGUUCAGUCGGCUUAUGUUUCUGAACAAAGUGAUAUUCCGUGGAAAGUAAAGUUAUAGGACACUGGGUGGCGUAUCAAAAAGUCCUAGAAAAUGAGUAGAAUUCAGUGAUCCGUUGUGGAAUGACAGACGGAUUUUUCCAGUCCAAAAAUGGGGAAGAUGAUCCUGUAACUUCAGGAUGUAACGGAAUACACAAAAGCGGCAGCCCAGCAUAGUUUGAUCGUUCUGGGGAGCUGUCGCAUUAACCUUUUCUGGAGCAUUUCAUGCUGUGGCUUUGAACCGUUGACGCUCUGGAUAUUUAGAAUUAUAGUCCUGGAAUCCCUGACAUUUUUUGGGGGGGGGGAGCAGCUACGGUGGCUGGAAAUUCCUAAAGAUGGGGGUCCAGAGCCCGGCAGGGCGGAAGGUUGAGAUCCAUUCUCUGGGAUUCCCAGAGAAGCCAACACUCUUUUCCUUGAUAUUGUUGUUCCGUGGGAUUUUGUACUGAGGAGUUGCGUGGGGGGGGGAAACACCCCUACAUGUUUUCACCCCCUAACCUUGGAAAUGCUUCUCCAAAGCCUGAGUUACUGUCCCUAAGAACUGUUAAGCUGAAAUGUGCUGAUUUUUCCCCAUCCCACCCUUUUGACUCUGGCUUUAUUUCUCCUUGGUAAUCUGGUACUCGUGAGAAAGAUUCCAGGUUUCAUGAAGCCCUGGUUUUGUUGACGGAGGCAUUCCGAACGCUGUAGUCCCUUCCCGGUCUUGAUAUCUCAAGUUACUUUUCCAGAUCGUUUUGUGAUACGAACCGCCAAUGCAACAAAGGUCCAUAAAUCUUCUCCUUUCCCCCACCCCUUCUCCAACCUGCUCUGUGCUUGGCAUUUGAGAUGUUACGUGCCUUAGGUUGCCUUUGGUAGACUCGGCUGAGUUCAGAGGAAGACUUUUCUGUUGUUUUGGAGAUUCACAUCCAUCUCCUUCAUACUCAGGAACCCCAAGUUUUUUCCACUGACUGUGAACCAAGCUGUACCUACCUGUGCUUCUGCCUGCCAUUCGCUACCUUCCCUUUGGCUGUCUUCCUGUAAGUGGCGGGUUUGAGGAAAUGGACGUCCUUGGCCCACCAUCCUGGUGGCGGCGUCCAUUCUCAGGACGUCCAGAUAGCCUGUGACAACACUUUUUAAAGUGCUUUUCUCAUUUUUCCCUUCCAAAAAGUUGAAAUGCUUCCCCAAAGAGAUGUUGGCGGUAUGUACAGAUAAGAGGUUUUGAUAUAUAUAUAUUGGACAUCAAGUGCUAUCAUUCUUCAAUCUUGGCCAUUCGACCUAUCCUAUAGCACCUUAAAAACGCCGGACCAUGAAGCAUCCGGGAGAAGGACCUAAAGUCAGAUGUCUGGGGGGCUUAGUUUAGCUUUUCUCUUUCCAGCUUCCAGCUCAGAAAAAAAGAAGCUCCCAGCUAGCAGUGGGGCAGGAACAGGAAGCUCGGCCCAGCUCGGCCUCAAAGGCUUCCCAAUUAGGCCUUUCUUGCAGGCGAGCCGCACUCCGAUAAAGGGCCGGCAAGAUAGGUAAAACUCCCAGAAUGGAGACUUAACGGUAUUUGUAAUCAAGAAACGUUGAAAACGUCAUCAGUAGUAGUAAGUGCUUUAAGUU